GUUUCUUGUCAGGUGUCGUAAACACCAGAUGUGGAACAGCUGUUGAUGACCUGUUGGUCCUCAGGCAUCUUCAGGAUAAACGAGAGGAAGCGCUGAAACUUUUAAACCAAUCAGAGAAGACCAUCAGGGAGAGAUACGGUGAUGAGAGUGAGAAGCGGCUGAUUGUGACGUAUGGAGACAUGGCCUGGCUGAAAUAUCACGACGGAGACUUUGCACAGUCACAAAGCUACUGUCAGAGAGUCGAGGACAUACUGGUGAAGUAUCCCACUGGUUCAUCAGGAAGUCUCCUCCCAGAGGUGUAUGGGGAACAAGGCUGGGCCUAUUUCAAGGUGUCGAGAUCUUCUAUAUCAAAAGCCAUCGACUGUUUGCAUAAAGCACUUGAGGUACAGCCUCAUGAUGUUGAGUGGAACACCUGCUACGCCGUUGUCCUCUUUUGUGGAGAACAGUGGGUUUUAGAAAACUUACAGGAAGAUGAGGAAUCCCAGGCCAUCAAACAGCUUCGCUUUGCAUUGAAGAUCAACCCAAAUAACGCUGCUCUGCAGUGCUCGCUGGGCGCAAAGCUGGCAGCCUAUAAGAAAUACGAAGAGGCUGAGAGUCUGGUGAAGAAAGCACUAGAAAAUGAUCCUGAUAACCCUCAUAUCAUCCGCCACUCAGGAAAAUACUUACGUGAGCGGAAUCGACUGGAUGAGGCUAUUGUUGUGUUUGAGCGAGGACUGAAAAGGGGCGAUCAAUUAUCUUCCUUCAACUACCAGCUGGCUCUGUGCUACAAGCAGAAAAUAAUUGCUGAGCGUCGCAGGCGCUUCAGCAACAGAGAAGAGGUGCGUCAGUGGAGGCGUAUUUGUAUCAGUCACCUUGAAGAAUCUGUGAAGAGGAAGAGACCUUUUGUCCUGGCGUGGGCUGAACUGGCACUGCUGUGUGCAGAGGCAGGGGAUAUGAGCAGGGCUGAGGAGGCUUUCCAGAAGUGCUUGGAGACGUUACCAGAGGUGGAGGAGGAAAAGGAUUGUCAGACUAUCCAUCAGCGCUGCGGUGACUUUCUUCAUUAUCACAAAAAAAAUGAGGCUCAAGCCAUCGCUCACUAUACCAAGGGGCUGCUGAUACCACAGAAAAAAUAUAAUUGGAGACAGUGUGCUAAGAAACUGAAGCAGAUCGCUGACAGGCGUCUGGCAAAGAAUCGGGGUGAUGGUGAAGCUCUCGCUCUGCUGGGUCAGGUGGCCAGAGCUGAGGGCGACAGGAGGAGAGCUGCUUUUUUUUAUGAGAAAGCUCUGAACUGUGACAAGGAC